UGACUGUCCUCCGAGUCGUUGUCGCGCUGCUUCGCCCUGGUUCAAUAUGCCUCUGCAUGCAAUGAAAGAACUGUCGACAUGACGGGAUCUCAUAUGAACGACGACGCUCUACACAUUGACAAGACCACGCUCUUUGAGACAUGGCCGAGUGGGAACUGCCAUUGGCAGCGCGGGAAGGUUGUUAUGUACAACUCGGCGGCGAACAAUGUAGAUCUGCGGGAUGCGCCGUUCAAGCGCGCAUUGUACUCGUGACAUGCCUCCGAGCUCGGGCUCUGCUUGUCCACAUGAGGCGACCGCCAAGUACUGGAAGAACAAGUAUGAGGAUGCCCAGCGCGAAAUCACUGCUCUACGGCGUGUUCUCGAGAUGAAACGCGCCGAUGCGUCCUCGGAGAUUAACAAUGUCGACGAGCUCAUCAAGCUCGUCCGCGAAGAGACGCGACGGCGUCAGGCAUCAGAUGAGGAGCUGGCCAGAUGCUUCGCACCCAUCAAGCAGGAAAAUCCACUCCGAGACCCGGAUCCGGAGGACCGCGCUGUGCUCCUGGAGAAGGAAAGGGCGGCCUUGGAGAAACGGGCCCAGGAGGCCGAGCAGCAACAGGCCGUCCUGAAGCACCAGAUAGGCGUGUUUCGCUCCGAGGCGUCGGUUCUGGCUGCGGAAGCGCGUCAAACAAGACACAAGAGGUUCGAGCAGCUCAAUCAGACGAACGUAGUCCUCUUCGAGGAAGGGUUCACCCCGCGGCCGAUAACAUGCACCAACGCUCAAGGUCAAGCGUGGAUCAAGGCCAUACCCCAGGAGGCUAUGCUUGGCAAAUUAUUAUUCUACCUUCCUCGUCCGCCGCAUUCCCUUCCGAUCCACGUGCCGGGCUGGGCGAAGUCAGGGUACUGGUUCCAUCCUAUGGGAGUGAUGGUGGGAGACCGGGAGUUUGAGCUCAUCGUUGAGACGGGCCAAAAUCAGUGGUGCUACGUAGGCUGCUAUCGUAGCGCCCCUUGUCCUGGUUCCGACUUGCAUUUGUCGGAGUGGAUGGAGCUCGACGAGGAAACGAAAACGCUUUUCGUACGCCGAGUACAAAGCGAAGUCUUUGGGAAGGCCAGCCAGCUUCCGAUCAACCAGCUAACAGUGGAGGCUAUUCGGAAGAACUACGACGCGGGCGUAUGGAGUGUUCCGUGCUACAGUCUUCACUGCAUCGGAUACAACACAGUGCUACACGCUGGGCUGCAUUUCGCAGCCGCGAAAAUCGCAGCCUCGAGUUUGGCGUGCUGAAGUUGAACACCUGGGCUGGGUACAUCAGUGUCUUGCAUUGUUAUACUUGCUCAGAAAUAACUCAUGAUACCGAUUGAUUAAUGUCUUCUCUCUCGCCCACAUUAAUUGCUGUGUGUUUUGCUUCCGCAAUGUUUAUAUCGAACGUGACUUGCGAUUCAAA